ACACUUCAGAAGGUGCCAAUAGUUAGCGGGGUGCACCGUUAUGGGACGAUCGGGAUAAGUCCCGUGGUUGACCUCUAUCAGGAGAAUCAUCUUCUGCGCCGGUGGUCUACUGCGGUACAGCUGUAUCGAGUGUCAUCGGGAUGCACCCAAGCUCGUUUCCCCGGCUGUGCGUUCCCGUUCCGUGGCCUCUGCGCCCUGAGCUGACUCUGACAGACCACCGCCUGUCACUGGUCAACCAUCCACUGUUGUGGCCUCGGGGUACUGCAGUGACCUGUGUCACCCCGCCGCACACUCUGCUGACCUCGCCGCUGACCCCAGUGACCCCUCUGCUACCGAUGGCAGUGACCUCCGGGGUGUCUGUGCUGACCCCGUCGAGGGCGGCGCCAGGGAGGUCAGAGAGGGACAUGGGCAUUCCCCUGUGUGUGCCGGCUGCGGUCAGCGGGGGUGACCUGAGACCUGAGGUCACCUCGCCAAGUGAGCUGCCCAGAAGAUUGGCAGAUGGUGGUGAAACGACUCUAAAAAUACCGAGUGCUAAACGCAGAGUGACUCUGAAAUUUGGUGUCAGUGCGAUUCUAGGUACCGAUCGCGAAAACCCAGUCCGGGGGAAUGGAACCUUCCAAGCGAGGUCCAGUCGAUGUAGCAGCUACACAGAAUCAGAAUCGCCUGGCCUUCCCACCGGGCUAGCCACUGCGUCCCCUCGCCCCGGACAAUGUUGUAAAGCGACAUCUACCGUUGGGACCCUCCCUCGUGGGAGUUGGACUGAUGACGUCAUCGGUCACGACGCGUCAUCUGUUUACGUCACCAGCCCAUUGUCGGUGCAUUCAGUGGCUAGCCGGUUACCGCUUCUUUUCGCAGUGCGGCGGCGUCGCAGCCUCCUCCGCCGCCCGGUGUUCUCAGAGGCUCAGAGACGGGGCCUGGAGGCCAGGUUCCAGACCCAGAAAUACAUCAGCAGGCCGGACAGGGCGCGACUGGCCGACACUCUGGGACUGCAGGAUGCACAGGUGAAGAUCUGGUUCCAGAAUCGGCGUAUGAAGUGGAGAAACUCCAAAGAACGAGAGCUGCUGGCGAGCGGUGGCAGUCGCCAGCAGACGCUGCCGACCCGGAACAACCCUUAUCCGGACCUCUCUGACGUCUCCGGGCCGGGAGCUGACGCCCGGAGCAGCCUGGAGGAUGGUUAUAGGCCCGGAGACGAGACGAGGGGCCGCUCACGCCCCGAUCGAACCGCGGAGGUUCCGUCACCGUCUCGCCCCGGCCUGUCGCCGCGAGACGCAAGUAAAGGAGAGUGUGAGCGAAUGAUGAGUGCGUCCAAGAGCGUUCAGGUUCGUCUGAGUGGUGAGUUGUUUGAAGUUGAUAACUGUAGAAAGAAUCCAUCGUGAAUAGAUUUAUAAGUUACUUUUCAUUUUUGUGCUUUAAGCUCUGGCCACUCGCCACCUAAUGUGCUACUGCUAAUCCAUGGAAUGGCAUAGCGGUCUGCUAUUAUUGCAAAUAAGACGUUUACUACAUAUAGCAGAAGUUGCGUUUUAACCCUUUCAUCGUCUUGAAAAAUAGACACUCAAAAGUUUGGAUCAUUUUGACGAUACUAUAGCAUCUUCCUAAGGAUCGGGGGAGGGAGGUCUGCCUGGGCCUGUGUUAGGUGUCGCUGUUGCGUCGCAGUCACCGCAUAUGAAGAUGUCGCUAGUGUAGCAAAACUGCCUCCGCGACAGCCGACAGGUUCCAUGGUGUUUGCCUAUUGCCUACAUACGACUGGUCGACGACGACGUGCAAAGUGUUGCAAAGUGUUGCUGUUUUAUUAUAGGACUCUGCCUUUGAUUGGGGUGUCCCCGUCGACGAUGACUUUAAUGAACUAAGCUAAACUAACGCGUAGACCGUUUUUAGCGUUCUACACUUUGGCACCUGAAUGUCGCCUCCUUGACGAAUACGUAAGUCUUCUGUAAUUGACCUAGCCAAAACUCUUACCCUAUUAUAAUUCUCUUGGGCACGAUAUGAUGCAUAGCCAUUAGCAAUAAGUAUUCAGCAUAACGUUGAAGGCGAAAUGUAGGUUUGUCGUAGUUUUCUUGAUUUUUAAGAAAGGCCAAUUUUCAUACCACCUUGAUAAUGUGGUGUUCACCGUUUACCUACAGCUAACAACUAUGGGACACCUUUAGUUUUCAUUAGGCAUUCUCCGAAACAGUUUUUAAGGGGUUAGAUGCAAUGCAAACACAUCUCUUACCAAAGAGCCCUGACAAUAAACGAUUUUCCCAGCA